AUGUCCCAGUUGAUUCCUGUAGGAAUGCCAUUGCGCUUCGGCACGCCCAUCAUGGCUUCCAAGUUGCAAACUUUAGGGAGUGAAAACAAUUCGCAGGAAGAGAAGAGAGCUGUUUUCCCCUUUAGUAUUCAGAAAAUGAAAUUGCGACGCAAAAAGCCACCAGGGCAAUACAUACUUUUGCGUUCCAAACCGCAUUACCCUGGGAACCGCCCAAAUCCCCCAAACGCGCUUCGAAUGCGUUCGCCCGCUUGCGUGUCAUUCCCUUCCGCCCAAUUUUGUGGGAACAAUGAAACACCACUAGAACAAGAGGCGGCAAGAAGGAGACACGCAAAAAUAGAAGAUUUAAGAAGGGAAAAAGGUGUUGGACCCCCUUGGGGGAGAGAAGUGGGAACGAACCGCUUCCAGAUGAAGACAAUUAAAGAAGAAUGCUGUUGA